CUUUCAUUAACAAGGACAUUUCUAAGUGACCCCAAACCUUUGAACGGAUAUAUAUAUAUAUAUAUAUAUGUGUGUAUAUAGAUAUGUGUUACACACACACACACACACACACAGUCUUGUAUAUCUAACCUUGUAUAACUAAUCCAUUCAAAAUCCUGUACCCUAACAUUAAUCCUUAAACCUAGCUCCUAACCCCAAAACUAAACCUAGCUCCUAACCCUGAACUUAAUUCUAACCAUAACACCAAUUCUAACCUUAACCCUAAACCCCCUAGAAAUAGCAUUUUACCUUGGGGACUAACAAAAUGGCCCCAGUUGGUCAAAUUUGUUUGUUUACUAUUCUUGUGGGGACUUCUGGUCCCCACAAAUAUAGUGAAACACGUCCACACACACUAUCUACUAAUGUCUUUAAUCUUAUGCUAUUUUCCAUUUCAACAGUUUAAAAGUCUGAAUGAAUAAUGUAUUACACACAAACACACACACCUCAGGCAUUCAUUUCAGAGGGAUCUGUGAAGUUGUUGAUGGGAGUAGAGAGAGAGACUAGCAGGCCAGUGGCACUGAGGAAACAGAGGUCCAUCCAGCAGUCUUAACAUAGCUAGUCGGAGGGGACUAGAACAUGUCUCUCAAUGGCCAAUCCCAAAUCAACCCCUCGCCUAACCUCUUACUGUCCCCAAGCACAUAGGAAACAAAACUACCCAGGAUCGCUAGCCUAGAAAAGUGAUGUAACACUUGUCUGUUUCAUAAAUAGGAGUGUGUUUCCGCUGUAGAUUACACUAUGCAUUGUGCACUGCCAAGUUAACCCUUUCACUGGCGGCAUGUAGCGUUGGUAGCUUUCAUUCAUGUCAAUCAUUUCUGUUAACUUAUUUAUUAAUAACUUUAUUUUUGUUUGUGAGAUGUGGUCAUUAAAGGAUAGAUUUACAAAGUGACUGAAGUACUGAGGAGUGAGGGUAACGUGAUGGUGAUGCAGGUCUUUAUUUUCAUGUCAAUGUUCAACAGGUUGUAAAUAGUGCACUAAAACACCACACACUUACAAAACAUUUGAAUGAUAUAUUCUAUUUAAAAUAAAAUAGAGGAUUUUAUAAAUGUCAGAAGGCACAUUAACUUGCUUUGGAGACACUGUAAUAUGAUGACCAUGCAUCCAUCCUUUUGGGUAAAGAGGGAAUGUAUUGAAAACACUAAAACGUCUUUACUUUUGGGUAAAGAGGGAAUGUAUUGAAAACACUAAAACGUCUUUACUUUUGGAUAAAGAGGGAAUGUAUUGAAACACUAAAACGUCUUUACUUUUGGAUAAAGAGGGAAUGUAUUGAAACACUAAAACGUCUUUACUUUUGGUUAUGUUGCAACAGUUAUUAUGAAGCAAAAUGCUCAUGGCACUUAAGAUAAGGAUUGUCUUCAGGAAAGAAAACAGUUGGAUGUUGUGGUUCAACUUUACUUUACAGUCCUGUAUUUACCAGGUAUUUACUUAAAUAGUAGAAUGAUCAUUAGAAUAUCCACCUAAUGACAACUUUUAUUAUUUUUAAAAAAAGUUAAUUUGAAGAGUUUCUAAUUCUGUUGAAUUCUUUGAGAUAAGUGCCAAAAGGUAUGUCUGUUACCAUAGUUUCAUAGUAAAGACCAGGUCCAGGACCAGAUGAAGCAGGGCUGUAAAAUAAAGUCUGACUAUGUUUACAUGAUGGUAACUGUGUAAAUCUGAUGAUUGACAAGCCCAUAUCCACUCAUUAAAACAUUGAUUGAACGGACAUUCAAGUUGAACCACGUGGGCUUACAGAGGCAUCGUUGAAAACUCCACUUUGUGUGAUUUUAAAUGUGCAAAUGUAACAUGGUACGAUUGUGACAAAAGCAACCUAAUAAAUUAAGCUUUGACCUUCUGAAGAACAGUUGUCAUGUUGUUGUGUCCAAAAUGUCAGCUUUAUGCCGACUGAUAAGUGGUGAGAGGUGAGAAUGAAAAGUAUUGCUGUUCUGUCCGUUACAGGUCUGUUAAUUAACCUUCAGCACUUCACAGCAACAGAGAACCUCUAUCUGACUAUUUUAAACCUACACAACAACUUUUGCAGUAAAGACAUUGUUUUCACUUCCCUUUUCUCAAGACAUAUUUAAAGGUUGUUCUCUAGUAUUCUGCACGAGACUGUAGCGGUCUAGGUGUGGACAGAAGUACAGACUUCUCCCCCCAUAGAAGCACAGAGGUCUGGCACAGGAAGACCGUUUUUAAACACGGAACACUGAGGUCUAACAGCAAGAAUGACGUUUGUUUUUUGGGUGUGGAGGCCCGGUGUGAGUGUGCUGCUGCUCUUGUGUGUGUGUGACGGAGCAGAAGGGGUGAUCAGGCGUCACUGUGACUGCUAUGAGGAGGAUAUGUAUGUACAGAAAGACAUCGGAGGGUUCAUACAGUGUUCCCUUAAGCCUGGCCUGGGACCCUAUGCUGAGUGCACAGAGAUCACUGACCUCAGGUCUGGGCUGGAGGAGGUGUUUCCUGAUGUGCGUUCUCUUUGUAUCCUUCACUCCUCCUCCUCCCUGCCUGCAGACUCCUUCUCUCACAUUCCCCUCCUGGAGCACCUCUAUUUGGAUGGCUCACACCUGGCAAAGGUGACCUCAGGGGCCUUCGCUGGUCUCCCCAAACUAAGGUUCCUCCACAUCCUCGUCUCCUCCUCCUGGGGGGGAGUGAACGUCACUCUGGAGCCAGGGGUGUUCCAGGGCCUUUCUAGCCUGGAGGAGCUCACCCUGGCUGGGAUGAGUCUGGCCCUGGCCCCCGCUGCUCUGCUGGAUCCCCUGGUACGGGUGAGGAGCCUGAGGGUGGACAGGGCUGGAGCGAGAGACCUGGGGGAACUGUUCUGUCUCCUCUCCCCUGGGAUGGAGAAACUAGAGACCCUGGAGCUGCCUGACAGCAUGGUCAGCUCCAUCCAGAACGGAGGCUGCUCUGGAUCCAAUCCGUGGCCCACAGUGCUCCUGUCCAGGAUCCGGAUCCUGGAUCUGAGUGGAAACCCGGUGCGAAGGGUAGAGCCGAAGUCUCUGUCUGUGUUCCAGAACCUGUCCAGUCUGUCCCUGUCUAUGGUGGAUGUCUGGGUGGGCCAGCUGUGGGGGUCUGGCAUGGGGAGGGUUAACAAGCUCUACCUGUCCAGUUACGCCUUGAGACAGUUCACCCCCAGCCUGUCUGACCUGUGUACUCUGGUAGUAAAACAUGGAGUGGAGUCCUUGGAUCUGCGCCUGGCCCUGAUCACAGCCUUCACUGCAGAGGUCAUGAAGAGGUGUGGUCCUGGUCUGAGGCAGCUGUCUGUGACUUCUCAGGAUCUGUCUGGUAUGGACCUGGGGUUCUGGACUGGUACCGGUCAGAUACAGGGUCUGAUGAUGGUCCUGACCAAGCUGACCAAUGCCUCGUUCUGCUCAGCAGGGGGGGGGAGGGUGUGGAACCUCACCUCUCUCAUUCUCCAUGAGAACCACCUCACUGAGAUCACCACUGAUCAGUUCUCCUGUAUGCCCCUGCUGGAGCGUUUGGAUCUGAGUGAGAACCAUAUCUCCUCCCUGGCCCACCGGGCUCUCCAGGGGAUGCCGCUCCUCCGCGUCCUCGACCUCACCCACAACAAAAUCUCCAUGCUGGGAGAAGACGACUUUGAGGGUCUGCCUGCUCUAGAGGUUCUCCUCCUGGAAGGGAACAAGAUCUCAGGGGGCAUCGCUCAUGGGGUGUUCCGUAGACAGCAUCGACUCCAAGACCUCAGCCUGGGAGAGAUAGACAUUAUCUACCAGCUCUACCUCAACAUGCUGUUCCUGGGUUUCCCCACCAAGCUCCAGCACCUCCUCAUCGACACAGGCCCAGGAACCUACCUCACCGUAGGCCAUGUUCCCGCUCCUGAGUUCCCCAUGCUCCUGGAACUCAGAGGGAAGAUGAUCCAGUCCUCUGACUGUGAAAACAACAUGUUCCCCAUGGUCCGAGAGCUGAAGGUGGGCGACGGGACAAAAUUUGACUGCAACAACAUUUUCCUGGCCCCCUACUUCCUCAACCUGGAGUCGUUUGAGUUCUCAGCCAACCCUGAGAAGUUUGCCACCCCCUACACCACCAUCAACCAGCUUCGAAAGCUGAAGAGGCUCAAACUGACCAACCUCAACUUCUCCAACCACACAGACCCCAGUGUUACCUUCAGGAACCUGACGGAGCUCAGGAGCCUAGUGCUGAUCAACUGUCGACUCAACUUCCUCACCAGGUCCAUGUUUACAGACCUGGUGUCUCUACGUGUUUUGAGGCUGUACAGUGAGAGCCCUCUGAUCCUGUUGGAGGGGGUCUUCAUUCCCCUGCUGUCUCUCUCCACGCUGGUCUUUGACCAGGUCGACUUCCGCUGUGACUGCUCCAACGGCUGGCUUCUGGACUGGGCUGACAACUCUCGCAAAACACAGGUGGUGCUCCUGCAGCGACAGCAGUGCAUCUGGCACUACCAGCGACUCAACUUCCUGUCCACCAUGGAGCGCCUAUGCCAGACCGAAGACGACUUCCUGUCCUACGUCUCCACAACGGCCGCUGUGUGCACCCUCCUGUGCUUGGCGCUAGGAUACCGCUUCCUCCGCUGGCCCUGUGUUGUUCUAUUCUUUCGUCUGAGAGGAUGGGUGGAGCGACGUGUGGGGAGGAGGUGGUGGAGGAGGAGGAUGGGGGGACAGUGGGAGGAGCUGAUAGAGGGGGAAGAGGGAGAGGAGGAGGUGAGGUAUGAUGCGUUUGUGUCGUUCAGCAGUGGUGACGAGGCGUGGGUACUGGGAGAGAUGGCCCCGAUGCUAGAGGAGGAGGGGGAGCCACGACUAAGACUGUGUCUGCACCACCGAGACUUUGAGGUAGGGAAGGGCAUCGUGGAUAACAUCGCUGAGAACAUCUACUGCAGCAGGAGGACGGUGUGUGUGUUGACCAGACGCUACCUGAGGAGUGACUGGUGUGGCCUGGAGAUGAGAGUGGCCACACACCGCCUGUUGUCUGAGCACAGCCACAGACUCAUCCUCAUCUUCCUAGAACACAUCUCCCCCUUCGAGCUGUCCGCCUUCCACAGGCUUGCUAAGCUGGCCAGAACCCGGACCUACCUGGACUGGCCCCAGGAUGAGGACGAGAGGGUAACGUUCUGGGAGCGUUUACGACGAAACAUCGCAGAGAGAGACGCAGACGAACUGCAUGAUCCUCCAGAAGCAUCCUGAAGUCAUCUGCAUGUUCCACGUGAUGUUCUACGUUUAGAGAGAGAGAGUGUUCGCUACUGAUCUCAGAUCAGGGUGACGUCAAGGGACUCCUUUCUGGACUUUGUUUUUUACAUAAUAUUUUGACAUUGUUAUCUUUGCCUUCCAUUUAUCAGACGCUCUUAUCCAGAGCGACUUAAGUGCCUUGCUCAAGGGCACAUCGGCAUAUUUUUCACUUAGUCGGCUCUGGGAUUCGAACCAGUAAUCUUUUGGUUAUUGGCCCAAUGCUCUUAAACGCUAGGCUACCUUUCCUUUGUCUCCUUUCGUUCAUUCACUGAUUGUUCAAUUAACUGUUCUUGGAUCUGUGCUGUGUGUAUUUGAGCACAAAGACAACAUUAAUAUGCUAAACAUUCUCCCAUGGAAACAACACAUUUCAAUUGGUUAGAUAUUGUUUCCAGUGUAUGACCAUUUGUUUUAAUACAUGUUGCACUCUGUAACUCAUUGAUGCAAUGUGAUUUUACAGUAGCUUUAUAGUGCAACACUCCUCCCAUCUAAAGCAGAGACCCACAUAGUAUAGCUGCUGUCUCAGCUAUACUGACUAAAAUGUGUGUGUGCAUGCUUGCAAGAGUCCUUGUCUGUGUGUGUGUUUGAAAGUGGUGUAUGCUGUCUACCUGCCCUCUCAUCAGUAAGUCCCAGGGCCUGUUGGUUCUAACCCUCUGCAGCAGAAGGACAGUGUCUUGUCAUCACUAGACAUCCAUUGCUACAGGCUGAGAGAUGAGGGUUAAUAAGACAUUGGUCUGUGUGAAAGCUGCUGACUAAUCAUGCUGAUGAUGCAGUUCUACAGUGUUGUGUGAAUAAAUGGGGGACGUGUCUUUUUAAGAUUUGGAAUAGUCUAAACCUUCAGACCAAAGCCCUGUGUGUGUGUGCGCGUUUCAUUUUCAAAUCCAAAGAUAAUAGAGUCGUGUUGGACAUAUGUUUUUGUAGUUAUAUCCUCAUCGCUGUGUUUUCUCAAUUAUUAAACGGACAUUCAACUGCAA